AUGCCAGCGAUCCGGGAAUAUCAUCCUCGCAUCCUUGCCAAAGUCCAGACGCUCGUCGAGCUCAUCAAGGAGCGAGCCACUGGGCCUAUUCUUAUUAACGAGGUCAUGUACUGGUUCGCAUUUGACUCUAUGGGUGACUUCGCCUUCAGCGAAGACUUUGGCAUGAUGAAGAAUAAUGAGUGGCAUCGAGUUAUUUUCACCUUCCGUGCUGCGCUAGCUCUACUAGGCCCUUUUAGCCCUGCAAUCUGGAUCCCCCGCCUUGCCUUCGCCUUUAUCCCCGGCCUGUGGUGGGCUCGUUGGUGGUUUCAGAUGCUGGAGUUUUGUGAUAAAUGCAUGGAGCGACGGAUGAAGAGAACACUACCCGACAAGGAUAUUGCCUCCUUCUUCAUUCAAGACCAUACGACAAAUGCUGACGAAAGCCGUGGACUGUGGUUAAGCGGCGACACCGCAACGCUUGUCGUGGCUGGAAGGUUUGUAUUCUUGUUGCUACCCCACCUGAAUGGGAUGAUUAACGAAACCAUGCGGCUUCUUCCUGCGGUACUCACGUUUGGCACCCGCGUAACGCCACCAGAGGGGAUUACGAUUGAGGGCACAUUCAUCCCCGGUGGCACGAAACUCUGCGCGCCGAGGUAUACGAUUGGACGAUUGGAGUCCGCCUACGCUCAACCGGACGAGUUCAUCCCCGAGCGAUGGUAUAGCCAACCUGAACUGAUCCGGGAUCGACGGGCCUUUGCGCCUUUCGGGGUUGGCAACACAAGCUGUGUGGGUAAGAACUUGGCCCUGACACAGAUCCGACUGGUUACUGCGGCGCUCGUCAGCCGAUACCACAUCGAAUUCGCGCCAGGGACCAAGAAUGGCGAGCGAGUGGAGAAAGAUAUGAAGGACCAACUGACUGCGCAGCCUGGCGAGUGUCGAUUGGUGUUCGUGGGACGAGAAUGA